AUGGCUACUAAUAUGCGAGGCCUGACGCAGUUCAUCGCGGACAUCCGCGGUGCACGCGUCAGGGAACUCGAGGAGAAGCGCAUUAAUAAGGAGAUGGCCAAUAUCCGCAAGCGGUUCAAAGACGGAAACCUGGACGGCUAUCAAAAGAAGAAAUAUGUGGCCAAGGUCAUCUUCACGUACAUCCUUGGGUACAAAGUGGACGUGGGGCACAUGGAAGCCGUGAACCUCAUUUCCAGUUCAAAGUACAGCGAGAAGCAAAUCGGAUACCUAGCCGUAACGCUGCUUAUGCACGAAAACUCAGACUUCCUGCGUCUCGUUGUCAACUCCAUUCGGAAGGACCUGAAUGACAACAACGAAAUCCACAAUUGUCUUGCGCUUCAUGCCAUCGCGAACGUUGGCGGGCAGGAGAUGGCGGAAGCUCUCGCAGAUGACGUCCACCGGCUACUCAUCUCUCCAACAUCACAGCCCUUUGUUCGCAAGAAAGCGGCUCUAACUCUGCUACGGCUAUACCGCAAGCACCCUGACGUCAUUCCUGCUGCAGAAUGGGCACUGCGUAUAGUGUCAAUCAUGGACGACCCUGAUCUUGGCGUCGUGCUCAGUGUCACUAGUCUGAUUAUGGCGCUCGCAUACGACCACCUGGACGCUUUCGCUGUAUGUUACCAGAAAGCGGUGGACAGAUUGAGCCGCCUCAUUGUAGAGCAUGAAUACGCGGCGACGUACUCCUACUACAAAGUCCCUAUUCCCUGGCUGCAAGUCAAGCUCCUUCGAUUACUCCAGUACUAUCCUCCGUCAGAUGACCCCGCCAUUCAAAGCAUGCUACAGGAGAUCUUGCAAACGAUUAUGAACAACUGCAACGAGCCCUCACGUAACGUGCAGCACAACAACGCUCAGCACGCCGUUCUAUUCGAGGCCAUCAGUCUAGCAAUCCACAUAGACACCACCUCUCCUCUCGUCAACACAGCCGCGGUCUUGCUUGCAAGAUUCAUCAGCUCCAAGGAAACGAAUGUGCGAUACCUCGGGCUCGAUACCAUGGCCCACCUUGCUGCGCGGACGGAGAACUUGGAGGCAAUCAAGAGGCACCAAGGCACUAUUAUUCUUUCUCUGCGCGACAAAGAUAUUUCCGUUCGUCGACGGGCACUGGACCUGCUCUACAGCAUGUGCGACACCGACAACUCGGAGCUGAUUGUAGGGGAGCUGCUGCGUUACCUGAAGAUCGCGGAUUAUGGCCUCCGGGAGGAAAUGGUUCUGAAAAUCGCCAUUCUCACCGAGAAAUACGCCAACACGUACAAGUGGUAUGUGGACACCAUCUUGGAACUGCUGAGCGCGGCUGGCGAUCAUGUGGGCGAGGAGGUCUGGUACCGUGUCGUCCAAAUCGUGACAAACACGGAGGAUCUUCAGUCGUAUGCAGCGAAGGUUGUCUUCGAAUACCUGAAGUCACCAUCAUCACAUGAGAGUCUCGUGAAAGUUGGCGGCUACAUCCUUGGCGAAUACGGGCACCUUAUCGCCAACGAGCCCGGCUACAGUCCCGUCGAGCAGUUUCAGGUCCUACAUUCGAAGUCCCAGUUCUGCAUGGCACCAACACGGGCCAUUCUUCUGUCCACGUACAUCAAAUGGGUGAACGUCUUCCCCGAGAUCAAGCCCCAGCUAGUCAACGUGUUCGAGCGCUAUCGUCAUGUCCUCGACGUCGAGUUACAGCAACGAGCAUGCGAAUUUUACGCCCUCGCUCGUCGACCAGACGACGAUGAACUGUUGCAGAACGUCUGCGAGGAAAUUCCUCCAUUCCCACCUCGGGAGAGCGCUCUGUUGAACCGCCUCAACAAGAAACAUGGGGACACAGAGGACAAGCGUACAUGGACCCUAGGUGGCAAGGACUCGAGUCUCAACAGGUCGGCGUCCAAGAUGACGAAGCAACCAUCAAAGCUUGACAUCAACGGUUCUGCACCACCCGGCGACAUUUCCGCAGACAUCGCCAAUUCGCUGCUUGGUUUGGACAUGUCGUCAUCACCAACGGCUGCAACAGCUUCUCAAGCGAUCCCGGAUUCGUCUGCCGCUCUUGCUGCGAAGGGGAAAACACGCCUCACCGCCGGCCCCAACGUCGACCGGUGGUUCGACAAGCUCAUGUACACCGCGGAGGGAGUUCUGUACGAAGACGUGCAGGUCCAGAUCGGCAUCAAGUCGCGCUACCAGGGGCCCCUCGGUCAAGUCGCCGUCUACGUCGGAAACAAGAUGUCGGCGCCGCUCACGUCGUUCACCACGACCCUGCACACCGAGGAGUCGGAGGCGCUCUCCGCAUCGUUCGUCAAGAUCGCGCCCUCCACGGUCGCGCCGCGCACGCAGAUCCAGCAGGUCGUCCAGGUCGAGUGCAAGAAGAUGUUCCGCACCCCGCCCGUCCUUGUCGUCUCCUUCCUCGCCGGCGCGCACCAGACGAUCGCCGUUCGCCUCCCGAUCGUAAUCACCAAGUUCCUCGAGGGGGUCAAGCUCGGCUCGACGGACUUCUUCGAGCGCUGGAAGCUCAUCGGCGGGCCGCCGCGCGAGGCGCAGAGCGUCUUUCCCAUCACGCUCGACGCGUCGGGCCACAUCGACAUCGCGAGGCAGCGCCAGGUCGUGUCGGGGUACGGCUUCCAGGUCUUGGAGGGUGUGGACCCGAAUACUAGCAACGUCGUGGGCGCGGGUAUCUUGCACACGGGGUCAGAAGGGAAGCCCAAUAGGGAAGCAAAGCUUUCGCGUAUCACGAUCAGGAGUACGUCGGAGGACGUUGCUAGCGAGGCGCAGAAGUUGCUGCAGAAGCCGUUGGCGGCAGAGACGACUGGGUUGGCAGCAAAGUAG